AAUGAAAACGAAAUGAAAAUCAAUUGUUUUGUUGAUUAAGUGAUGUUUGCAUUAAGCAAUUGAUUUGAUUGGAAAUCAUAAUUGAAUUGUCGGUCAACACAAUGACUGAAGAAGUGAAUGAAUACAUGGGAGAAGACGUGAAGAGCUGUCCGGAGGCGAGGGUUGGGUUGAGUGGAGGCGAGGGUUGGGUCGAGUCGGGCGCUCACGUGUCAGAGAAAUUAAGUUCAGGAGAUAAUGAGUUGAUGUCCGAUAGUAUAGCGAUACCACAGUAUGGCAUCACUUAUGACUACAAUAACCCACAGAUACACGACUCACAGACUAUUAGUGAGAACAUUAGUGUCGAUCCCGCAAAUCAAGGAACGGUUGGUCCACCGACUGGUGAUUACAAUCAAUACUAUAAUUAUUACGCCAAUUAUUACCAACACUAUCAGAACAAGACUGAAAUCCCUGCC